ACCUCAAUAUGCUUCUUUCUAACUUCAGCUCCGACACAGAAAACUACUUUGGCUUCUAUAAUUCCUACUAUGGUGAAAGCCCCAAUACGGUUAAUGGUCUCGCACUGUGUAGAGGAGACACCCAGCUACAUGCUUGCCAGAACUGCAUCAAAAAUGCCACGACACUUCUCCCAAAACUAUGUCCAAAUCAGAAGGAGGUAUUUCUGUACUAUGAUCUGUGCAUUCUUCGAUACUCGAAUGUUUCAAUUCUUGGGAUGUAUCAGAAUCCUGAGUUUUCCUACGCGAUUCACAGCCCAGAAAAAGCAAAAGAUGCAAAGAAGUAUAGAGAUGCUCUUGAUGAUCUCAUGAUGAGGCUAAAAAGCAAAGCUUCAAGUGGUGAUUCUCUGAGUAAGGUGGCUGUGGGAAACGUAACAGCUGAUGAGAAUGAAAGUGUGUAUGGUCUUGUUCAGUGCACGCCUGAUUUGACUCAGCAAGAUUGUGACGAUUGCUUGGUGAAGGCCAUCUCGGAAAUCCAAGGAUGUUGUAAGGACAAGAUUGGUGGUCGGGUAAUUAAACUGAGCUGCAAUCUUCGGUUUGACAACGUCAUGUUCUAUGAUCCUGCCGUUGUUGAGCCAAUACAAUCUCCGUCUGCUAUUCUUGCUACAGCUCCCUCACCAGGUCCUAUAUAUACAGUGUUUAAUUUGAAUCAACUUAUUUUAAGUAAUUUUACAUUAUAUUUUGUAUCCUAAAAUUUAUAUGUAUUGAAUUCACCUAGCAAAAUUUGACUUACCCAUCUUAGUGAUUAAAACAACUAUCU